GCACCUGGCUAUUGAAAGCGCCAUCUGGUGAGAAGGUAGAUCGAUGUCGCAUUCAUGAUAGUGUACCGCAUUAGAGAUCAGAGCUGCUUAAGCUAAGCUACACUAAUUUAGUUGUGAAAAUAAUGAAAAAUAUAUAAACUUUAUUAUAUAUAUAUAUUAAUUGAAUUGCUGGAAGACUUUUUUUAACGAUGGAAAAUAUCUUGACAAUUUUGACAUUUUUAUUUGGAUUAUUUAAACUAAGUAGUGAAUUAGUUAUAACCACGCCCUCAGUUGUUGGCAUGAAAGACUCAAAAGUAGAUUUAGCAUGUAGGUACCAGUCCACUGCCGUAUGGUACGUUAUCCAAUGGAAACGCCUGUAUCCGAACAUGGAACCAGAAACCAUAACAACAUUGAAGAACGAUGGAAAAUCGAGUACACCGAUGCCGAUAUGGGAAGGAAUAAGAGAUGAGAGUUUUCGGACACGAGUCAGAACAAGUGUAUAUGUUGACGUUACUUCUGUAGAUUUUACUAUCUCCAUUCAUGAUUUUUCUUGUAAUGAUACUGGGGUGUAUGUUUGCCAAGUAGUGGGAUCAUCCCUACUGAAUAACUCAACUAAUUUAACAAUAGCAGCAAAACCAGGGGCCCCAAGAGUGAUUGACGAUGAAGUAAUUUUAGAAGAAAACGACACCUACACUUUAGAAUGUAUAGCUACGGCAGGAAUUCCAGUGGCAGAUCUGAGAUGGUACUAUAAAAUCCCAGGAUCCAGUGACUUUGUCAGGAUAGAUACGGAAUCUGAACAGGAACUUUUAGAUAUAGACGAUUGUAGUCAAAAAGCAAUACAAAAAAUAGACGUCAUAGUUAAUCCUGAAACUGACGGAAUUAUAUAUAGAUGUCAAGUAGAAAGUGAACUGUUAGAUGACGAAGAGAGAAAUAGUUUUCAUGAUGAUGUUUUACUUAAGUUACCAAUAAAAAUCAUUCCACAACCUGAAUAUAGAAUGCCGCAAACAAAAGCACCAAUUGAACCUAGCAACAGAGCAGAUUCCAUUUCGGGAUACUUGACAUUUUGUCUAAUGGGGACCCUGGUGAUUUUAACAGCACUUUUGUGAUGAAUGUUUUCAUUCCACUUUGAAAGGAUAUUGGAACAAAAGCAAGAAUUCUGCUAGAAACAAAGGAGGAAAGGAAAAAGUCAAAAACGUAUGAAGGGAUUUAUUUAAACAUUCCUUUACACUAUCACUCAAAGUGUAUGCUGAUCUUUGAUUCGUCUUAUAGAUUUUGUAAACGAGAAACAAACAUAUGUGUUCUUUUCAUAUAUUUUUACUAUUUUUGAAAUGUUUGUUGGAGUGUGUCUAUACUUAAUGAUUUUGAUGGGUUAGGUUAUUAUUAAGUAUGUUACUGGGAGGUACGUCGGUUGAAGGGCCGUUAUUCCACAAAAUAUAGUGAGACAAUAGCCUUUAUUCAGGAGAAAUAUGUAUGUUUCUGAUGCUUCUGUUUGCAUGGAGUUAAAAGGUUACCCAAUAUCAGUUUGCAAGUCUAUGUAGGUUCCUGAAUGAAUAUUACCACAAGACAGGAGCUAAUUGGGUGCAAUACACCAUUCUCUGAAACAAUGAGAGUAACAGUAGAAGUGCUCGGACGAAUACUCUAGUCAAACGAAUUACAUCUCAAUGUAAAUAGUAUUUAUUAUAAUAGUGUAUACACUGUUUGUGUAUAAAUGUGUGUAACUUUGUUUUCUUUGAAAGCGUAUAUUUAUGUAUAUAUGUAUUUUUUGAACUUUAUAAUGCAUGCAAUAGAUUCAUUUGAAAUCAGUGACUUUCGAAAAAUUUUCGGAAGAAGAGAAUCAUAUUCAAAGAGAAUACAGAUCAUUACUGUUUAGUUCCCUUCAUGAAUGUUCAUUGUAUGAAUUAGUAUAUUAUUUCUCUUCAUCUUUGCUGAGUAAAACUAGACGAAACCUUUAAAUAAUGCAUUGGUUAAUUUCUGAUAGUGAACAUUUUCUGCAUAAUGUCAUAUGUAAGUUCAAAACUAUGCAAUUUUGAGACCACUGCAAACAUUCAUUUGACUGGAAUCACAAUGUGUCACAAGUUAUUGACAGCAAAUUGAUUCUGUUAAAGGACACAUUCUUCAUGCACAGUGUAUCACAUUUAGUAUUAUAAAUAUGCUUUUAUCACCCAUUUCACGCCUUAACAGUAUUAACUGCUUAUGAUCUCUUUAUUCUUGUGUAUAAUUGGCGGGAAAUUGUAUGUGUAAUUGUGCUGAAUAAUAAAAAAAUCAUUAAACUUA